AUGGCUUUUCUCCUUCACUAUAUUUUCAUCACCGCCUUCAUCUCCGCCGUCUCCUUCCUCCUCCACCGCUCCUCCCGUCACCGUCGUCUCCGUUUACCGCCAGGAAAUCUGGGUUUACCUUUAGUCGGAGAAACCCUCCAACUUAUCGCCGCUUACAAGACCGAGAACCCUGAACCGUUCAUCGACGAAAGGGUGAGACGAUACGGUUCGAUCUUCACAACUCAUGUGUUCGGUGAACCGACUGUUUUCUCGGCUGAACCGGAAACGAACCGGUUCAUUUUACAAAACGAAGGGAAAUUGUUCGAGUGUAGUUACCCCGGUUCGAUAUCAAAUUUGCUUGGGAAACACUCUUUGCUUUUAAUGAAAGGAAGUCUACAUAAAAAGAUGCAUUCUUUAACUAUGAGUUUUGCUAACUCGUCGAUUAUAAGGGAUCAUCUUUUGGUUGAUAUAGACCGGUUAAUCCGGCUCAACUUGGAUUCAUGGACCGACCGUGUCUUCCUCAUGGAAGAAGCCAAGAAGAUAACUUUUGAGUUAACAGUGAAGCAACUAAUGAGCUAUGACCCUGGUGAAUGGAGUGAAAGUUUAAGAAAAGAAUACCUUCUAGUUAUUGAAGGAUUCUUUACUGUUCCGCUUCCACUUUUUUCAACCACUUAUCGUCGAGCCAUCAAAGCUCGGACCAAGGUGGCGGAGGCAUUGAGUUUAAUAGUGAGGGAAAGGAGGAAAGAGUAUGAAAGAGGGGCAAAAAAGAAUGAUAUGUUGGCAGCAUUAUUGGCAGGGGAUGAUAAAUUUUCAGAUGAACAAAUAGUGGAUUUUUUGGUAGCAUUGCUUGUUGCUGGUUAUGAAACAACUUCAACUAUCAUGACUCUUGCUGUCAAGUUCUUGACUGAGACACCUCUUGCUUUGGCUCAACUCAAGGAAGAACAUGAAGGGAUUAGGGCGAAAAAAUCCGAAUCCGAGGCUUUACAAUGGAGUGAUUAUAAGUCAAUGCCAUUCACUCAAUGUGUUGUUAACGAGACGUUACGAGUUGCAAACAUAAUCAGCGGAGUUUUCCGACGAGCAAUGACGGAUAUCAACAUAAAAGGUUACACAAUUCCGAAAGGUUGGAGGGUUUUCGCAUCAUUCCGAGCCGUACAUCUCGACCACAAUCAGUUCAAAGAUGCUCGCACGUUCAAUCCAUGGAGAUGGCAGAGUAAAUCGGGAAUAAGCUGCCCUGGAAACGUUUUCACACCAUUUGGAGGAGGGCCUCGAUUGUGCCCGGGAUACGAGCUUGCUAGAGUAGAACUCUCCGUAUUCUUACACCAUCUAGUAACCCGGUUCAGUUGGGAGCCGGCCGUAGAAGAUAAACUCGUUUUCUUUCCGACGACGCGAACACAAAAACGUUAUCCGAUCAAUGUGCGGCGUCGAGACGGAUAG